AUGGAAAGGAACGGAAGGAUCUCUUCUAACGAUGGUAUUGGUAAUGGGUACCUUGAGAAUUUGGAGUUGAAUUACAUAGCAUCGUUAGAAUCAUUUGAUCAUCAUGUGCCUUUGAGCUUGAUUAACGGGCAACAUUCAGUAGGUUUAUCUGCAGGACAUCAUCAUGACCAAGACGAUAUUAAUGGAAAUCUGCAACCUCAUCCUCUUCAGCCGCCGCAGCAGCAGAGGAAUUACUUGGUGAUGGGUGGUGCCAUGCCCGUCCACCAUUUCAUGACUCCUAUGCAGUUCAGACUUCAUCAAGAAAUGCAUUCUCACUUGGCUUGGCAGCAGACACAGCUGAAUUAUGAGCUACAACUCAUGAACAGUUAUAGACCUUCAACCGACGCUACUAUGGGUCUGGAUAUUAUUAACAGCCAAUCCAGGCCCAUCCAGAGUAGUGCUCCUGCUGCUGCUGCUACUAGACCGUCGUCAUCAAGGCGUGACAUCCGCACUAAUACUUCAAAUGUUCCCAUCUAUCAACAUAGAUCAAUCACAACUGGUAGAAGAAGAAGAAGGAACCUGCUUGUAACCUCCAUCCUUCAAUCAAGUGACCGAGCUGCUGUUAUCCUCACGAGUCAUCGUCCACUCGUAAACAUAAUGCCUAAUGAGACAAUAUAUGAAGUGGAAGUGGAUCAUGAAGCUGGAUUGAGCGAGGAAGAGAUUAUGAUGAGUGUGGAGAGAUUCAAGAGUGAGCAUGAUGGAGAAGCCUGCUGCAUUUGCCUGGAAGAUUAUAUCCAUGGAGAGGAUAUAUGCAAACUGCGUUGUAAUCAUAUUUACCAUUUUGAUUGCAUAAAGAGAUGGCUGAUGCAAAAGAAUUUCUGCCCAAUGUGUAAAGCACCUGCUAUGUAUUUUGAUGACAUUCAACCAUCCCACCAAACCGCCCGCCCACAACAAGCAGCACCGUAA